UCCUCACACACCCCGCUUUUCAUUAUUUAACGGGUUUCUUGUGCCAUUCAGCAAGUAUGAGAGCUUUUCUUGGGUUAAUUGUUGCCAUAUGGGGUGCCUCGGGCGCCUUGGCGGUCCAGAACUACUGUGAACGUGGCUUUAAACCUGUUCCAGGAAGCGACUACACGCUGGAUAUGUCAAAGUUGAACAAAGAAUUUCGAGUAUCACAGGAGUUGUCCACACCUCCCACUGUUACAACCACUGUGGUGGAACUCAAUAUUUGUGAUGAACUGACUCGUCCCGACAAUGCUGGCAACGACUAUUGCGAAAAAGGCGCGUAUGCCUGUCGACGAAUUUUAAAUAAGAAGAACGAUGAUGUACGCGUCAUUGAAGUUCAGCAUAUCGCCGGUAAUAUCGGCAGUGGGAAAUUGGAUCCAGAACUCACCCUGAUGGCCGACAAAGAUGGAAAGACGGAAACGGACUUGUCGAAAGAUGGCGUUUCAUAUGCGCUUGUUUUGAAAGGCGGUAAAGUCAGAGAUCAACCUCAAUCGGCCAUUAUCACCUUGGAAUGUGCAAGCUCGCAGAACCCAAAGGACGAUCCCCCCAGCCCAUCGGUGACUUAUUACGGAAACAACCUGCUUUCGCUUCAUUGGAAAACCGUAUUCGCUUGCGCUACUCCCCCUGGUAAAGACCUUCCCGAUAACGGCGGCAAUAAUGACCAACCUAACCAAGGUGGAAUGUCCGGUGCCGGGAUCUUUUUCACUGUUGUGGGUAGCUUGAUUGCGUUUUACUUUGUUGCUGGCGUAUUGUACAACUUUAAAGUAUACAAUGCACGUGGCGCUGAUCUUAUUCCCCAUCGAGAUUUCUGGUUAGAUUUACCCUAUUUGAUCCGGGACCUGAUUGCUCAUGUCGUAGACUCGAUCAUGUCGCGUCGUCGUGGAAGUGGAGGUUAUGUGGCAGUGUAACCAGGUUUUUUUAUUGUAUUCUAUUAUAUCUUUCUUAUAGAUAGGCUGAAAAGGAGCGCAUCAAACAAAGCUCUUGCUUAAUAUAUACAUUCAAAAUUUUAUUCUUCUCUACGGGAUAAUACCUCAAUCUUUGAAAGGCAAAAGUGCUGUAUGUAUACAGUAUCGCACAUGCAACUUUGAGAUAACACGUCUUGCGAAAAGAAUCAUUUUGCUAACACACAUCUUGAACAAUCAAUAAAUGGAACGUUAUCAUGCUUUUUUCUUCUCUUUUGA